UAAUGACAUGCGCGCCAAAUUUUGUAGAGUUGACGGAAGGAGUACCGCCAGCUCCACAUAACGUUGCAUUGAAACCCUUGUAAGACAGUUGCAUAACCUGUGGUAACAAGAACAGCCUUGUGAAUUUUUGUUCCUAAUCCCAGUUUGAACCAUGGGUCUGCUGGAGCGCUGCGAGGAACUGUUCAAGACCUCAAACCUGUAUGACGUCCUCGGCGUCACCAAAGAGGCCUCGGACGCCGAGGUGCGCCGCGGAUAUUAUAAAGUCUCUCUUCAGGUUCACCCUGACAGGGCACAAGACGAUGAGCUGGCGACUGAGAAGUUUCAGGCUUUGGGCAAAGUGUAUGAGGUGUUGAAAGACGAGGACCAAAGAGCCAUAUACGACGAGCAGGGGAUUGUUGACGAAGAGUCUGACGGUUUGAACCAGGACCGCAACUGGGAGGAAUACUGGAGACUUCUAUUUCCCAAGAUUACUCUAGAGGACAUCCUAGAGUUUGAGAAGAAGUACAAGGACACGGAGGAGGAGAAGGAGGACCUGAGCCGCCUGUACGUGCAGCACGAGGGUAACAUGGACCGCAUCAUGGACUCGGCUCUGUUUGCCGAGGAUGGAGAGGAGCCGCGCCUCAGGGGCAUCCUGCAGGGCCUCAUAGACACCGAGGAUCUGCCUGCAUUGAGGGCGUUCACCCACGAGAGCGCCAAGAAGAAGAGCAACCGCAAACGCAGGGCAGAGAAGGAGAGGAAGGAGGCUGAAGAGAUGCAGAAAGAGUUGGGCAUUAAGAGUACUGACAGUCUGGAGGCUCUGAUCAAGCGGAGGCAGACAUCUAACGAGCACGGCUUCAACUCCCUCAUAGCCGGCCUGGAGGCCAAAUACUGCCAGAGUGGAAGCAAAGGAUCCUCAAAAAAGAAAGGGAAAUGAUUAUCCCCGCGUGUCACCGAAGGCUGCCUUGGUGUCUCCAGGAGGCCGGGGCAACUCUAAGGAAUGACGUCAAUGUUUUUUUGUCAUUAAACUACAGAGGAGAACUGUUGUCUGUGAGUGCUACGCUUGUGGGUUUUGGUGUGGUAGUCAAAGGAGAACACCAGAACUACCAAUUCUGGAUUACACAGAGCGCACCUGUGGGCAAGGGACCCCUCAGUAGUAGGGGUCUAACACAAGGCCUAUGUACAGGUUUAUAAUUUCAUGUUGUACAUCUUCUCAAGUUUGCCUUUCAAAUGUUAUUCAAUGGUGUUUUGCAAUGUUUUGUGUGUGUGUGUUGUGUUCACCUUUUCUAAAAGUGAAUUAAAGUAAACAAAAUGUUUUCUUCCAAAGCAACUGAAAAAGCUGUUCUAGUAUUAAUAUUACUGGUCAUGGCACUUGUAUGAAACUGUUUUAGAAUUUAGAUGUAAUAAAUCUGUCCAUUUCAUGUUAUUAUAUUAUGA